CCGCCCUCCCUGCUCGUCAUUCUCACGAGGGGGGUGACCAUGGUAGGCAAUGCUGGAAUCUCGCAUUUCCUUCCUUAAUAAUCACUUUCCUGCCACUGCACGGCUCUAAGGCGCUUUGCAGAAGUUUACUAGGGGCUAAAUGACUUUGAAGCUGAUAACCCAGAUUUCACUCAACAUGGAUAAUGAUGAAAUUCCAGAAUUUUUGAGUUCUAAAGAAGAAAUCGUUUACUGGCGAGAACUUUGCAAGACCUUAAAGCAGAGUUACAAAGAAGCCCGCGACGAGCUGUUGGAAUUUCAGGAGGGAAGUCGGGAGCUGGAGGCCGAGCUGGAGGCACAACUUGUCCAGGCAGAGCAGAGGAACAGGGACUUGUUAGCAGACAACCAAAGGCUUAAAUAUGAAGUAGAGUCGCUUAAGGAGAAACUUGAACAUCAAUAUUCACAAAGUUAUAAGCAGGUUUCACUGCUAGAAGAUGAGCUUGGCCGAACUCGGGGGAUUAAGGAUCAGCUGAAUAAAUAUGUGCGGGAACUGGAGCAAGCAAACGAUGACUUGGAACGUGCCAAACGAGCAACAAUAGUGUCCCUGGAAGACUUUGAACAAAGGUUGAAUCAGGCAAUUGAGAGGAAUGCCUUCCUAGAGAGUGAGCUGGAUGAAAAGGAGUCGUUAUUGGUUUCUGUGCAGAGAUUAAAGGAUGAAGCGAGAGACUUGCGACAAGAAUUAGCCGUACGAGAAAGACAGACAGAUGGAACGAGGAAGUCUGCACCCAGCUCCCCCACCUUGGACUGUGAGAAGAUGGAUUCUGCGGUUCAAGCAUCUCUCUCACUACCUGCCACACCUGUGGGCAAAAUUUCAGAAAACGGCUUUACCUCUCCUAAAGGGAUUCCCAACGGUUUUGGUACCACACCCCUCACACCGUCCGCCAGGAUAUCAGCACUUAACAUUGUGGGGGACCUGCUAAAAAAAGUUGGUGCCUUAGAAUCUAAACUAGUGGCUUGCAGGAACUUUGCUAAGGACCAGGCCUUAAGAAAAUCCUACGUCCCAUCAAACCUGAAUAACGGCACUAUACUGAACAACAGUAGCAUAAAGUACUCACAUCAAGGGCACACAUCGUUCUUCGAUAAGGGGGCAGUGAAUGGAUACGACCCUCCUGGAGUAAUAGGGUCCAAACCUCCGUCACCACCAGGAUUAAUUCCUUUGAGUAUAUGAGCCCAGAGGAUGGACUGCUAUAAUAACUGUGGUUCUACAGUUUCAUAAGAGAACAAAACAUGCUUAACUUUAAACUAUAUACUUGAGCUGGAUUGGCAAUAAAGAGUUGAAUAUCUGCUGCUGCCAUUCGAAUGCUUCUCGUCACCUUGGACAUUGCUUCAAGUUCCUUAUAUCGUGUAGUGUUGUGGUACCAACUCAAAGGAAACUUGAAGUACAAAGUUCUGUUGGCGUUAUACCUCCUCUCCCGUGUCUCUCUAUGUCUAGUAGGAAGACCGUAGCUAUUUGACGCAGCAGGUGAAGAAGGAAGAAUGGAUGUUCCUCACCUGCCAAGAAAGUACCAAGCUUGGGAUAAAGUGCUCCAAAACCUUCAUCUCCCCUCUCCUUGCUGAAUUACAGGGAAUGCAGCGAAGUUCAUCUCCGCAAAAGUACUUUCACCCUGCAAGAACGGUUUUAUGUUGAGAUAAAGCAGCAAUGCUGUGCGCCCCGCAGUGCCAGCACUGAGGCUGUUCAGCAACCUGUUUGAUUACUAGGUACAUUGUGAGCCUUUGGAGCUUUCUAUUUGUGUACAUUUUCCUUUGUCUUGAUGUGCCUCAGUCUCUGUGGAGCCCACUCACAAACGAUAACGAGCAAAUCCACUAGAGCGUUCGGUUUAGUUCAAUAUAAAUGUUCUUUUUUUGUUUAUAUGUACAUAGAUAUUAUAUAAUAUAUUUCAGCAUUAUUUCGGCCUUCCCGUUUAAAUCCUUCCCUGGUGAGAUCAUUGAGGUCUCUCCGAGCUGUGAGUGUUAAUCUUGAAAUGUCCUCUGCACAUUAUUUUUAAGCACACUUAAUUUUAACACUUAUUCAACCUCAAAUCUCUGAUGUCUUUACGGUUUUUUUCUCCUCUCCAACACACUGUUCUUACUGUUAAACUUCUGAUAUGACAGUUUACAUUUAAUUUUCUGUUCUUGUUUUUAUUGUAUAUAAAUUUGUAAACAUAAUAUUUUUGGCUGAGAUAUUUGUACAUACCUCGGGCCCUGUAGCGAUAUUUAUUCAGAAUUCUCUAUGGCAUGUGUCAGAAAGGCAGUGUAUUUCACAGUGGCUACUAAACACGAAAAGGAAACCUAUGAUUUGCCAUUGGCUGUCUGAUCAAUUAACAUUUCUUAAAGAAUAAAGACCUUGAACGUGAAAAAA